UUUACAGAUCAAAACUUAGAUUAUUUUCUACCCAUGGAGUCUGGGUAUGAAUUUUUCGACGCAUGCGAAAAUGAAUACUUCCGCUUCCUGUAAACACGACGCGAAGAAAACGAACGUCAAAGUUUCAACAUGGGGGGAGGCGAUUUGAAUUUGAAGAAGAGCUGGCAUCCACAAACGUUACGAAAUGUGGAAAAAGUGUGGAAAGCAGAGCAAAAGGCUGAAGCGGAGGCGAAAAAGAUCGACCAGCUACGAAAGGAACUGGAGGAAGAGAGGGCUAGAGAAGGGAUGCAGAGACAUGCAGUGGAACAAGGAAUAGCUAAGAAAAAAGGAGAACGACUUGAUUGGAUGUAUGCUGCAGCUGCAGGCCAGGUGGAUCGUGAAUUGUAUCUACUGGGAAAAGCUGUUGAUAAGGCAGUAGACCCCAUGGCACAGGAUGAUGAAGAGGAAUCAUCUGCCCCAGGUGCCUCUUUCAUGAAUGACACCGCUGCCAACACGGCAAAUGACUUGGCAGCUAAGGUGCGAGAUGAUCCACUGUUUCUGAUCAAGAAGAAAGAAGAGGAGAAAAGGAAAGAGCUGAUCAAUAAUCCUGUGAAGAUGAAGCAGUUAAAACAAAUGCUUCAAGCUAAUUUGGAAAAGUCAAAGAAGAAGAAGAAGAAGAAAGAUAAGAAAAAGAAAAGUAAACAAGAAAGAGAGGAAAAGAGAAAGAAAAGGCAUGCUGACACAAGCAGUGAGUCACAAGAAGAUGAAAGGCAAGUGACACCAGAAAAUGGGAAAAAAAGAAAUGGUCGAGACAGAAAAAGGAGUGGUGAUACAGAUGAGAAUUCAAGAGAAAUGUUGAAUGGAAAGAAGAAAAGGAGAAAGGAGAGACACAGAGAUAACAGUGAUGACUCAGAAGAAGAUGUGGGAGACAGAAAAAAAGAAAAUGAAAAAAAGAGAUCAGAGGAAAAUGGAAAGGAUAUGAGGAAUGGUUUUCAUAGGGAUCAGCAAUAUUCACAGAGAAGGAGAAUGAGAAGAAUUGAUGAUGAGAAUGAAAGAAGGGCACACAGAAAUGGAGACCAUUUCUCCUACAGACACAGAUCUCCCAUAAAGCGAAAGCCUCGAAUGCGGUCUCGAUCAAAAUCACCACAAGGCAGGAGAGGAGAUGGGAGGAGAGAUGACAGAAGAGAUGACAGAAGGCAUAGACGAAGCCCGUCAUCUUCGCCAUCAAGGAGCAGAAGGAAUAGAGUCCCAUCGCCGGUGGAGAGAAGAAGGCGCUCUCCCUCACCAUCUCCUCCUAAGAAUUCACGGAGAUCUCCUUCACCGCGCAGAGCAAAACCAUGGCAGAAAGGGGGAUCGGCAGUUACAAAACGUAUGGACGAUGAUGAGAAACAGAAGCGGCUUGCCGCCAUGAUGGAUAAUGCUAAGUGGCGGGACGAGCAGCGCGGGAAAAAUAUUAAGCGAUACAAAGAAGAAGACGCGAAAUUGGAGGAAAAGGAAGCUUUGGAUAAAGAUAAAAGUGCCAGCUUUUUACAAGAGAUGAAAAUUCAGUCGUUCUCUUCUAAGGAAACCUCCAGUGUUAGUGACCGCAUUCGUCGAAAUAUCAAUUCUGUUCAGAGGACAUCAGCGGCACUGGAGUCUUUCCUUAGCAAAUAACUCCGCGAAUCUGACUCCGAAACUGAGCCCUACAUUUCAUGUACAUUUACGACAAAGGUACUUUGGCCCUCGAAGAUGUCAAGUAUUGCCUCGCUGAAUGGAAUCACCGGAAAUGUGGCAAAGAGCGAAUUGAAUUUUAGGUAUGUUCACCGUCGCCGUGAAGACGUGUGCACAUCCGCUGGAUAGACUAUGCAGUGAAUUAAAGCUCUAAAUGUCCGAGCCAUUAGAAAAAUAAUUGAGGAUGAGCACAGGAAUUAACUUUUGGAGGUGAAUUACCCUCAAGUGUUUAUCAUCAACGUGCUGUCAAACUAUAAACAGGGAACUCAUGUACUCAAGUUUGGUUUUAAGGAGACCCAAAGAAAUCCUAGGGGAGUUACCGGGCACAUUCGUUUAUCAUCGUCAACUCUCGUCAGUCUUCGUAGACUGUCGUUACCUCUUAUGAAUUCUUUAAAUUAUUCCGACUUUUGUCAUCUGCCCUCUGCCCUCUGCCCUCGGCCCUCGUCAACGUUCGUCAAGUCUCGUUGGGAAAAAGACGAACAAAGCCAAAAAAGGAAACUUGAAGAUGCAUGCAGAUAGAGAAGUUAACCAUACACUUAAGACUGACAAUCUUCAUUAUUGUAGAUGGAUCAAAGAGUUUUUAACAGACAGAUGUAAACAGUGACAAACUUUCAUUGUAAAUAUCUUAAAUUUAUUUUAUAAAUGUAAGUAAUAUAGUGUCCAUUAUAAUAUGAUGACCAACUGUCUUAAAAUUUGUUCUUUUUAGAUGUUGCGUAAAAUAUAACGCUAACGUUAUUUAUUCUCGCGUCAUUAUUUUCGUCUGAGUGAGUCUAAAAUGAAAUUUCACAUCUUUUUUAUUUCACGAAUUAUUCUGACUGAGAAAAUUUUGCGCUCUUUGCGACGGUAAGUAAAAUGUUGUUUACUGUCCUUAAAAUAAAAUUUUUGGCGAGUUUUAA